GAGGAAAAGUUGCUCCACACGUUAUCUGCUGUAGCCGGCAGUAUCGCAUGCUUGUUCAGAAUUGACUUCACUAGUUGGAAGUUGCAAGUUUGAGAUGGAAGCCGUUUUAUCGUUUGCUAAGAAACUUUGGUGCGUGAAGAGAUUCAUUAUUUUAAUUGUAACGCCCCUACUCCUCCUUCCGCUGCUGUUUGCUCUUCCACUCAGGGAAGGGAAAUGCCUUUACGUCGUUCUUAUGAUGGCUGUAUUCUGGUGUACAGAAGCGCUGCCCCUUGCUGUGACGGCAUUGUUCCCUGUCUUCCUGUUCCCCCUUCUUGGAGUCUUGCCCUCCAACAAAGUCUGCCCGCAGUACUUCCUGGACACCAACUUCCUCUUCUUGAGUGGCCUUGUGAUGGCGUCGGCCAUUGAGGAGUGGAACCUGCAUCGGAGAAUUGCUCUGAGGAUCCUCCUGAUCAUGGGAGUGAAGCCAGCCUGGCUGAUCCUGGGAAUUAUGUUAACAACAUCAUUCCUGUCCAUGUGGCUGAGCAACACUGCCACCACGGCCAUGAUGCUACCCAUCGCACAUGCCAUUCUCAUAAGUCUCUUUGGAGACUUAGAUACGCUGAAGAAAAACUGCAAAAUAAAAGACAAGCCAACUGGUGAAUCCCAGAGGAAGAUGCACACUGUUCCAGCUGAAAUGCAGAUCUUGACACUGGAAGAAAGGCAGGAUGUGCCAGACAAGUUUGAAAGCCUGACUCCUGCAGAAAUCAGGAAAGAGGCUGAAUACCAGAAGAAUGUGUGGAAAGGUUUUCUCAUUGCCAUCCCCUACUCUGCUAGCAUUGGAGGCACGGCUACCCUUACAGGGACAGCACCAAACCUGCUUCUGGUGGGGAGCCUGAAAAAUUUUUUUCCAGCCUGUGAUCUGAUCAACUUCGGGUCCUGGUUUGUCUUCGCCUGCCCUCUAAUGCUGCUUUUUCUGUUGCUCGGCUGGCUAUGGAUAUCUUUCCUUUACGGGGGGCUCAAUACAAGAUUGUGUCUGAAGAAGAAAGAUUUCAGAGCAGAGGCAGAGGCGAGAGCACGAGCAGUGAUAAAGGCAGACUAUGAAAAGCUGGGGCCUAUCCAGUUUGCUGAAGGAGCAAUUGCAUGUCUUUUCUUUUUGUUUGCCGCUCUUCUUUUCACGAGAGAUCCGAAAUUCUUUCCUGGUUGGUCGAAGCUUUUUAAAGCUGGGUUUCUCUCAGAUGCUGUUACUGGUGUUACCAUAGUAACAAUAUUGUUCUUCUUCCCGUCACAAAAACCUUCAAUUAAAUGGUGGUUUGAUAAGCGGGCACCAAAUACUCUGAGUCCACCGCUGUUGUCUUGGAAGAAAGCCCAAGAAAGUGUGCCUUGGAACAUAAUCUUGUUGCUCGGAGGAGGUUUUGCAAUGGCUAAGGGCUGUGAGGAGUCGGGAUUGUCCAGCUGGAUUGGAGGCCAGCUGCAGCCUCUGGAGAGUGUGCCCCCUGUAGUGGCGGUCCUGCUCAUCACAGUGGUUGUGGCCUCCUUCACUGAACUCGCCAGCAACACAGCCACGAUUAUAAUAUUCCUGCCCAUUUUAGCAGAACUGGCAAUGCGUCUACAAGUAAACCCUUUGUAUUUAAUGAUCCCUGGGACGGUGAGCUGCUCAUAUGCCUUUAUGCUACCGGUUUCCACACCACCCAACGCCAUUGCUUUUGCUUCGGGGCAUCUAGUGGUUAAAGAUAUGGUGAGAACGGGAGUGGUGAUGAACAUUAUAGGGGUCCUUGUUCUGUCCCUGGCGAUGAACACUUGGGGUCAGUACAUCUUUGAUCUUUCCACGUACCCGGACUGGGCUAUUGUACACAGCGCCAACGCAACCAGAGCUCUGCCAGACAUAUACGACCACACCGUGAAACCUCUCAAUUUUACGUUAUAGCUUGCACAGAAAUGUAUUGAGCAAUAGUAUGCAUUAACAAUGGAAUAAGUGAAUCAAAAGACAAAUCUGAAGGUACAUUUUAAAGAUUGCUUACACUCAAAUCUGAACAAAUCAUAUUAUUUUACAGUGACAUAUGCAUUUGAGGAAGGACCAAAACAGUA